AUGUACUCAAAAUAGUUAAAAUUUGAAUAAGAAUAUGAAAAUCCAAAUAAAGAGAAUCAAGGCCCUUAAGAUAUUAUUUAAACUAAUCUUUUACAUUCCAAUAGACCUCCUUUAAUAGAUAUUACAGAUGUUUUAUAUCCUAAAAAGAAAUACAAAAAACAAUAAUGGCAAUAAUAAUAAAUAAAUGUAUUUAUGUCAACAGUCUCUUUAAGAUGA